AGCUCCGUUCCUCCGUGCGCGAGUAACCGGGCAGGAGGAGGCGAGCGCGAUCAGACCUCCAGGUGUGUGUAGAUGUACGUGUGUGUUCCAGCCACACCUGGAUGCAUCAUGUGAUCAGAUACCUGGGCGUGGAGCUAGCGUUCAGUGUGUUAGUCGGUAACGGGAAUCUCGGAACCGCAGAUCUCUUGUCGCUCCGCGCGUGAGUGACAUGUGAACUUUCCGUGCACCGGGAAUCUAUUCCUCUCAGUCUAAAGGGACUCCGUGGUCUGGACGCUGCAACCGCCGCCAAGCCCCGACACGAAGUCCAGGCCCUCCAGUAUCCCAUCACCCCCUGCGACUAUCCAAGCUGUUACGGCAGGCUGGGCCGCGAGUGCCUGUGCCAGGGCGCGGCAGGACCGGAUCCGACCGGUGGGCGACUGGCUCCUCCUCCUCCUCCAAGCUGCCGUGUGUGCUAAGCGCCUUGCCGUUAGCCGGAAGGAUGCUUCAGUGAGGACAGAUAUCUUGAGACUAAACGAUAGGAAGACAAGACAAGAGAACAGGGCCAGAAGACAACACAUGCUGGAUGCAAAUUCACCUCCACCUGAGCUCUGUAUUAAUGCGCCAAGUUGCAUCAACCCUUUACAACACCGCAAACAACCUGCAGCAAUGGCCACCUGGUUACCAGCGUUCCUACUGGUGCUACAAGUAAUUGCUGCAUCCUCCGAAGAGCCCAUACUGGAGUUUUCCACGGACUCGCCCAUCAAUAAUGUGGCACAAGACCCACAGACUGGUCGUGUUUACCUGGGUGCUGUCAAUGCCAUUUAUCAGUUGAACUCUUUAUUGCACCUUGAAGCCAGAGCUGAAACAGGGCCCAAGAAAGAUGCGAGGGGUUGCACCCCUCCGGUGUCUACUUGCCAGGACCUGAAAGACACCAACAACACCAAUAAACUCUUGCUGGUUCAUUCGGCUAAUGGGUCACUGAUAGUCUGUGGGAGUUUGUACCGAGGAAUCUGCUCUCUGCUCAACCUCACCAACGUCAAAGAGCAAAUAUACUACAGCGACAGCAAAGGGGAGCGGACCUACGCCACCAGCACUGAAGAGCACGUUUCUGUGGUAGGAGUCAUGGCCACGCUUGAAAUCGACAAUAAACCGUUUAGCGUCUUUUUAGUAGGGAAGGGCUACGGAAGCAUGGACAGCUCCAAACUCAUCAGCACCAGAAUCGUGCAGAACUACCGCGACUGGGUCUUGUUCGAGAGCAUCAUCGAGGCGUCUACUGUCCAGGCGGUUCCCUUUGUGCCCAAGUACCUGCACGACUUCCGCUUCGCCUUCAAAAACGACAACUUCGUCUACUUCCUCUUUUCACGCACUCUUGGCGGAACGGACAACAAGAACUUUACUUUCGUUUCGCGCCUCUGCGAAAACGACAAUCACUAUUAUUCAUACACGGAGCUUCAGCUUAGUUGCGGUCUGAAGAAUCGCUAUAACAAAGUCCAGGCUGCGUAUUUGACAGAACCGGGGAAAAUGCUGGCCCAGGCCAUAUCUGAAUCCGGAGACUAUGGGAAUGUCCGGGAGUGGCAUAAAGUCCUGUUUGUGGUAGCUAGCUCAGAGGAAGGGGCCACCGAAUCAGCUCUGUGCAUGUAUCCCCUUAAAAACAUCAAUCAGAAACUCUUGGACAUCGUUACUGCUUGCUACACGGACAAUGGCAAGAUUAACAACAGAUUAGUUGUGGAGAGUCCCUACACGUCCAGUAAAGAUGAGCCAUGUGUCAAACACGAUAAAGACAUUGUGAACCAGUAUAAGUGCGGAGCCGAUUUUCUCCCAUCUCCGUUGGCCAGUCGACAGGAGUUUGCCUUGAAGGCCAAUCCGGUCUUCAUCAGGCAGAACCUGCUGACUGCAGUGGCCGUGGCUGUCGAGAAUGAUCACACUGUUGCUUUUCUGGGACACAAUGCCGGAGAGGUGAUCAAGGUACAUUUGUCAAGCCAUCCAGAGGCGUACAACCCGGGUCCGGGCUACAAAACCAGCGGCUACGUAAAUAAGAACCUUUUCUUUGACAAAACCCAGGCGCACUUGUACAUCACCACCGAGAAAAAGAUCACAAAGGUGCCUCUACAGGCCUGCCAUCUGAAGUUGGACUGCCAGUCGUGCGUCGCUCAGAGAGAUCCGUACUGUGGCUGGUGUGUCCUGGAGGGAAGAUGCACCAGGAGAUCGGAGUGCAGUCGCGCGGAGGAAAAGAACGGUUGGCUGUGGAGUCCAAACCAACAGUGUGUGAAAAUCGUCUCUUUCCACCCGCCAAAUCUCAGCUGCUUGAAGUCCCAGCAGGUUGAGAUAAACGUCCGAUCGCUGCCGAUCCUCAGAGAUUCAGACCGGAUCCUCUGCGCCUUCGGCUCUUAUCAGAGCAACGGCAGGAUGGUGGACGGCCAAAUCAGUUGCCGCUUACCUGAGCUGCAUCUUAUACCGCUGACACCUGCACACCAAGAUUUCGUGGCGGUUCCAGUCCAAAUCUUUGUGAACGGUAGCGUGCAGUUCGCGUCCAGCGAGUACAAGUUCUACAACUGCGCAGCGGCAAUCCGGAAAGCAGAAAAUACACCAUGCACUUCCUGUGUAAGCAGCGCUUGGGGAUGUCAGUGGAACAUUGCGGCGCACACCUGCACGGAUCUGAGCGAUGCGGAAACCGGCGCCAAUAUAAUCAAACACAGACAGAACAAGAGCUGUCCGCGGUUCGAGAACCCAGAUCCUGUCCUUAUCCCGGUCGGAUACAAAACCCGGAUCAGUUUUGAGGGCAUCAAUCUGGACCCGUACAAGGGUCGUGAUUUCACCAUCGGAACAGAGCUGAUGAAGUUUGAGGAAGAUGUCAAGACAGAGCCGGGACCCUUCUACUCUUUCAGCGGUUAUACGUUUUCCUUUGAUAAAGCUCAUGAGACCAACGUUCUGUUCCACGUAAGAGACAAAUACAUGGGAAAGAAGAUCGACAGCAGUCUUAGCGUCACUCUGUAUAACUGCUCUCUGGGACGUGAAGACUGCAGCCUGUGUACGAACGCCGACCCCAAAUAUCAGUGUGUGUGGUGCACGCAGUCCAGCUCGUGCGUGUACGACCAGCUCUGUGCCUCGAAAGAGCCGGAGGAGUGUCCCGACCCCCAGAUCACUGACAUCACACCGAGAUUCGGGCCGCUGAAAGGAGGAAUAGCUGUCACUAUUAAGGGCUCGAACCUUGGCAUUCAGAAGGAUGACAUUAAAAACAUCACAGUGGCUGGAGUGCCGUGCAAACACCUGCGGGAACGGUACUCCGUCUCAACCAGUGUGGUGUGUGAAAUCGGCCCGGCGAAACUGUACAAAACCGGAGAGGUGGAAAUCGAGGUGGGCAGAGGAAAGAAAGGCGUAUCCACAAAAACGGUCCGCUUCACCUACAGGUUUGUAGAGCGAUCCAAGCACAAAAACGACACCGUGAUCAUGUUCCUGUCACCUGUGGUCAACGAGUCUCAGUUCUUCAGGACUUACGUGCAGCUCGAUAACCUCCAGACGGAGCUGACGCCGUUUGAGUAUCACCCCGACCCUACAUUCGAUCGCCUCAGCAAGACAGAUAUCACUGAGAACAGCAUGAUCAUCGUCACUGGUCGUGGCUUUUCUAAAGCGAUGACGGCGAAGGAGGCGCAGGCGUUUGUGGGAGACGCCCCGUGUAAUGUAAACACGUUACAGGAUGAUAAAUUAUUCCUGGACCCGCCCUCAACCACACCCAGUGCUCGAUCCAAGAGACAGAGGAGAGACACCGGCUCCGACCCGCUGGACCUGGUGAUUAAGUUUGGCAAUGGCGAGUGGUUAGUCGGCUCAGUUCGGUACGAGAGGAAGUACAAUCUCCCGCUGCCCAUCAUCAUCCCAGCGGUGGUCGUUCCCAUGCUGCUGAUUAUCGCCAUCUCCGUCGUCUGCUACAGGAGGAAGAGCCAGCAGGCAGAGCGAGAGUACGAGAAAGUGAAGCAUCAGCUGGAGAAUCUGGAGGAGAGUGUUCGUGACCGCUGCAAAAAAGAGUUCACAGAUCUGAUGAUCGAAAUGGAGGACCACACUAACGACAUCAGCGAGGGCCGGAUCCCGUUCCUGGACUACAAGACCUACACCGACCGCGUCUUCUUCCUGCCCUCGAAGGAUGGGGCCAACGACGUCAUGAUCACCGGCAAACUGGACAUCCCAGAAUCCCGCAGGGCUACGGUCACCCAGGCGCUGAACCAGUUCUCCAACCUGCUCAACAGCAAAACUUUCCUCAUCAAUUUUAUCAGAACGCUGGAGGGCCGUCCGGAUUUUAACGCCAGGGCCAAAGUGUAUUUCGCGUCUCUGCUGACCGUAGCGCUUCACGGUAAGCUGGAGUAUUACACAGACAUCAUGAGGACGCUUCUGCUGGGGCUCAUGGAGGAUUACGUUCACAGCAAGAACCCUAAACUGCUGCUCCGCAGGUCUGAAACGGUGGUGGAAAGGAUGCUGAGUAACUGGAUGUCCAUCUGUCUUUAUCAGUUCCUGAAGGACAGCGCCGGAGAGCCGCUCUACAAACUCUUCAGAGCCAUAAAGCACCAGAUUGAAAAGGGGCCGGUGGACGCACAGGUCAAGAAAGCCAAAUACACACUGAAUGACACUGGCCUUCUCGGAGAUGACGUGGAGUACAUUGUGCUGACGCUGCAGGUGCAGGUUCAGGGCGAGGGGCCCGACAUCACCCCCGUGAAGGUGCUGAACUGUGACACCAUCUCUCAGGUGAAGGAGAAGAUCAUCGAGCAGGUGUACAAAAACCAGCCGCACUCUCAGAGACCCAAAGUAGACAGCGUCACCCUCGAAUGGCGGCCCGGCUCCACGGGACAGAUCCUGUCAGAUCUAGACGUGACGUCGCAGAAGGAGGGCAGAUGGAGACGUAUCAAUACGCUGGCACACUAUAACGUAUGCGAUAAUGCAACGGUGGUCCUUUCCAGAGUGCAGCACACGCAGCAGUCGUACGACCAAAAUCAUGAUAACCACGAAGAGAGAAACGCCCUGCUGGAGGAUGAUAAAGUUUUUCACCUGGUGCGACCGGCCGAUGAGCUGGAUGAGAUGAAGUCUAAGAGAGGCAGUAUAAAGGACAAAUCCAUGACCAAAGCCAUCACUGAGAUAUACCUGACCCGACUGCUCUCCGUCAAGGGUACGCUGCAGCAGUUCGUGGAUGAUUUCUUUCGCAGUGUGCUCUCUUCUGGCGCCAGCGUCCCGCCGGCGGUUAAAUACUUUUUUGACUUCCUGGAUGAGCAAGCCCUUAGACAUGAGAACGUAGAUGAAGAAACCAUACACAUCUGGAAGACCAACAGGUGGGAGCGAGUGAGAGUGUUGUGCUGCUCUCUGAUUGUCUCUUCUCUCUCGAGACCUUGCCUGCAGGAUUCUCCCAGCAACAAAUUACUCUAUGCAAAGGAGAUCUCCACCUACAAAAGGAUGGUAGACGAGUACUAUAAAGGAAUCCGGCAGAUAGUGUCAGUCAGUGACCAGGAAAUGAACACACAUCUGGCUGAAGUGUCACGGGAACACACAGAUAAACUGAACACACAAGUGGCUCUUCAUCAGCUCUACCGGUACGCCAGCAAAUACUACGAUGGGAUCAUCAUGUCUCUGGAUGAAGAUCCUGCUGCCCAGAGUAAACAGUUAACACUGAGACUGCAGCAGAUCGCCGCAGCGCUGGAGAACAAAGUGACUGACCUCUAACCCUGUCCGAACGAACGCUCUCAGUGUGUAUUUAGCUCAUCACUAUAAUCAGAUGUUCAAUUUCUUCCUGUGUAGAGACAAAAGGUUUUAAGAAUCGUAUUCUAUAUUUUUUUUAAUGUGCAGUCUUUAUGCAGAAAGCUUUAUAAGAGGAAAAUAACUUUUUAAAUAGACGGCCUUGUAUCAGUUGUUUUUAAAGCUUCUGUGUGUGUGUGUGUGUGUGUGUGUAAAAGGAUGCCUAUAUUUUGACCAAAAGGGAGCUGCCUAUGACCCUGCAGUGUGUGUGAGCAGGGGGUGUGCCUACGGUGAGGUCACAUCUGGUCUCGUCCAAUCAAAAGCAGCUGAAGGUGACAACAGGAUUUGCAUGGGAUGUGUUCGGAACAGCAUACUAGCAUAUUACCCAUACUAUUUCUGCAGUAUGUACUGUAUGUGCAGGGUGUGCGAAUUUUCUGUAUCUGUAACAUUUGCCAAAACAUGCAGCAUAAAGCUGCAGUCACAUUUACCACUGUUCGGUACGUUUUCACGGUCAGAUCCGUGCUGAAAUUUCGCUAAUGUGACCACACCUUACCACGAGUAUACUGCAUAAAAUACUAGAUCCCACAAUGCAAUGCACUCAUCCUGACCUUCUAUUUUCAGCGUGAUCUAAUAUCAGCUAUAAUUAUUAACAUCUCCUUUUUAACUUAUUAUUUGAGCCAAAAGUUGAGACAUUUCUACACAAAAUAGUGUGUGCUGCACUGCAGUAUGCUAGUAUGUUAUUCCAAACAUAUCCGUUUAGACGAUCAAAUGGCCGUCCAUUUCAUAACCAACUGUUUCUGUUCAGCCAUAUGGACUCGCUAGUAGAUCCACAAAUAAUCAACACAGGCAAUAAUAAGUUGUCAUGAGGCAUUUCUUUUUUUACCUGUGCAAAGCCUUUAUUUCAGUUUACUUCAGAAAAUUGUUUUAUUGUGAGAACUUUGCUACUGACUGAAUUUAUUACAUAAAGCACAAACAGUCGAUGUACAGGACAGAUUUUUGGCCGUUUCUGAAACAAUGCCUGAAACAGGCUGUAUGCAAGAGUAUAGAUGUUUUCAAUUUCAGCUUGCAUAGACUGUGUUUCUGGCCUGAGAUGGUUGACUGAAAACUUCUCAUCCGACUGUUUGCGGCUCUAUUGGAAAGGGUUUCGAUGUGUGAUCUGGAUCAUUAAUGGCUUUAUUUUGGCAGGGAGGAUAAUGACACACUAAUUUGUUUGUUAUUUGCCACUAAACAAGAUGGUACGAUAGCACUCAGCCAAAAUUCUGCUCCCAGAGACGCUUUUAUCUUUGGACAAAACUUUUUUUUUACAGCUUUUUACAUGUAACAUUUGCAUGUCAUCUUAAAGACAUCAAGAAAAGAUUUGAAGCUUUUUGUUUGGCGUUACAGGCUGAAAGAAAAAAUCAAAUUGAUAGUGCUAGAUGUAGCAGGUGAGGGACAGUCUCAUUCUAGAGAGCAUUGUGCAGAAUAGACAAUUCAUGCAUAUACACUGCCAUUCAAACGUUUGGGGUUGGUAAGUUUCUUAAGCUCACUAAGACUGCAUAAUAACUGAAAUAUUGUGAUAUAAUAUUCCAAU